UUUCUCCUUCCCUUUUAAGCUGGCCGAUAACAUUGAUUAAUGAUCAUAUUAUUAUUGCAUUCCCAUUUUGCUUCUGUUGAGAGUCAAUGUUCAAGUUUCCAGCUUGGGAUACCAUCUCAACAGAGUCUAAGCUCAUGAGUCACCAUCCAAAACCUUUGACUUCGCCGUUCCUCUUCUGGAAAUUUCGUAUUCGAAUGUCAGACAAAUGAUACCCAUUACAAGGGAUGUAUGGCAUUUAAUGUAUGCCUUUUAAGAUCGAAACGCUACGAUUACUGUCAUCACGGGCUUGGGAAAUUUCCCAACGGAUUUCUUUUGACAAGAUAGACGUGAUAUAAAGUAUUGCUCGACCUCACCUGGGAUUCCAUAUCUUCCAAACCAUUUCAUUACCCUCACUCCCGUAUUUACUUGCGAACAGUUAUCCCAAAAUGUCAGAGACUACCUCCCAACUCAAAACCUAUCAUGGCAAUUGCCAUUGCGGUGCUUUUAAAUUUAUAAUCAAAAUGCCUGAGAUAACUACUGUUACCCAAUGCAACUGCAGUAUCUGCUUCAAAAAGGGAUAUCGAUGGGUAUUUCCUGGCGAGGGCUGUUUAAAGAUCACCAAGGGCGAGGGGACUCUGAAAGAAUAUCAUUUCGGACAGCGUACAAUGGUUCAUAGGGUAAUUCACCAUCACUAUACUCGCGAACUAUGCUCAUCGACCUAGUUUUGUCCAACAUGUGGAACGGGUGUACAAGGUUUCCGCUACAAUACUCCGGCGGGAAGGGAUAUUGGUAUCAAUGUGAGUUGGGAUAAUAAUACACACUUCAUGGAGGUUCAUGGCUGAUUAUCACGUUUAGGUCAAUGCUCUCCAAGAUAUUGACCAAUGGUCCUUAACAGUUAAUAAGUGAGUAGAGCCCAACCAUUUGUUUCAGUCUGUAGAAAGUUCUAACAUUGAACAUUGAGACAUGAUGGCCUUAGUCGUGAACCGCAAUACGUUCCUCCAAAAUACACUGGAGAAUUACCAACAGCUAAGUUCGAAAACGAGAAGCUGUAUACCGGUGGUUGUCACUGUGGUGCCGUUACCAUCGCAUUCAAGACUCAAGCUCCUCUCACAAAGGGACAUGAAUUUAUUCAGGAGUGCAAUUGUAGUAUCUGUUGUCGAGUAAGUGUGGUCUCGGGAUUUAACAUCAGCACAUUAGCACACUACUAAUAAAUAUAUAGCUUGGUCUUAUUAUUAGUUAUCUUAGAAAAGAUCAAGUGGCUAUUUCGGGCACAUCGAGUUUGACAAACUAUUCGUUUGGUCAGGGUUAUAACAUAUUCCGAUUUUGCGCAACCUGCGGAGUUACUGUCGACGCUGACAAGGACAUGAGUGCAGUGUCUAAAUCACCAAAAACUUGGGAAUCGUGGACACCAGCGCAACGGGAAAGGUGGUCAAAUAUCCAUCCGGUGAACUUAAGAUGCUUUGAAGGGAUCGAGUGGGGUGAUAUCAAUAUCUACAAGGCAGAUUCGAGAGCGACAGAUCCGCAAUAUGUUGUUCCGGAAUAAUAUCUGUCUCUUCAUUAGAAUGGGGAGGCGGGGAAACGCAACCGGCUGGAUUGAACGACGGUAGCGGAGUGGCAGAGCAUCUCCUGACAAUCAGAUGAUAUCGUAGUCCCGGGUUACGUCCUCGGUAUUUAUUUAUCAGAAAAUGGACUCAUUCACCACAUUUUCACCUCAGUGU